UGUAAUAAAACUAAAGUACCGAUUUUAAUGUUUUAUUUUGAAACGUUUCAUCAUCUUGCGCGUUGUUGCCUGAGUAGGGACUAUGUAAAAAGUUCAGAUCUAGUAUUAGCCGAAAAUGACGAAAACAUUGUUAUUGUCAUUGUCUUUUAACCUGUGUUAUUUAUGGAGAGAAAGGGCCUUUCCACUCAAGACAGAGGACCAAGAGGAGGGAUAUUCAGCCUGACAGAUACGGAGGAGGACGUCCAGUUUGAUACCUCAGACUCGGACAAUAACUGUGAAGUGUUGCUGGCGGGGAGACAGUAUCCAUCGAUCCAGGAAUUUGCCUCUGUCAUUCCCAACCAACUGCUGCUGGGAUCUCUACUGGAACACUUGUGCUUUGUUUACGAGCAUGAUCCUACACGCUCGCGCAUGCUGUUUAAGGUUUUUCACAUUUUCUAA